AUGAAUGUGCUGGCCUAUGCAGAUGACACACUUAUUACGUGCCGAGGCAUCUCUUAUGAAGAUGCAGCCAGAAAGGUGACUAUUGGAACCUCACUUAUGGUGGAACGAAUCCACCAGCUGGGUCUUGAGGUAUCUCUACCAAAGACGGAAGCUCUUCUUUUCCAUGGCCCAAGAAGAGGACCCCCUCACAAUGCCCAUAGUAGAGUAUAUGGGGAGGUUGUGGCGGUUAAGGCCCAAAUGAAAUACCUAGGCCUUAUUCUGGAUGGCCGUUGGCAAUUUAAGGCGCACUUUGCCAGUCUUGCCCUCAGGCUGAUGUCUACAGCCGCAGCCCUCAGCCGGCUGCUUCCUAACGUUGGUGAGCCGAACGCCACAUGUAGGCUCCUUUACUCUCGCGUCCUGCGUAGUAUGGGCCUAUAUGGUGCUCCUAUAUGGGUAGAUGCCUUUUCUGCGGAAAAUAGGGCUCUACUGUGCAGGCCACAGAGGGCAAUAUCAUUGAGAGCCGUCCGCGGGUAUCGGACGGUAUCCUUUACAGCGGCAACGACCUUGGCUGCAGACCCUCCCUGGCAUCUGCAAGCUCACAUUCUUGCGGAGGUCCACCGUUACAGGGCUGGGAGAAGAGCGGCGGCAGAAUUCCCGGAAGAAGAAGAAGUGCGAAACAUCCGGGCGUUAGCCCAAGUAGAGACACUUCGCCGCUGGAGGGUAGAGCUCGGCGGAGCAGAAUAUGGGCUGACAACGGUAGAGGCUAUACUGCCGCAUCUGGAACGAUGGGUAGAAAGGCGGCAGGGAACCCUGGCUUUUCACAUGGUGCAGAUACUUACUGACCAUGGAUGCUUUGGUAAGUACCUGCACCAUAUAGGGAGCGAGGAAUCCCCCAUGUGCCAUGAGUGUGGCGCGCAGGUAGACACGGCGCGUCAUACUCUCGAGGAGUGUCCUGCAUGGGGGUUUCAGCAGACCACCCUUCAGGCAAUACUAGGAGCAGACCUUUCGUUGCCGAGCGUUGUUAAUGCCAUGCUCGACAGCGAAGAGGCAUGGAAAGCGAUGGUCUCCUUCAGUGACCAAAUAAUGUCACAGAAGGAGGCAGCGGAACGUGCGCGCGAGAAUGACCCUGACGCGCACCCCCUCCGCCGGCGACGGGCUGGAGGCAGAGCCAGGCGCUAUGCGCACUUGCUGCAUCCACCGUAG